UCUUAUCCCCACAACAACAACAACCCUGCGAGGUAGGCUGGGCCGAGCGUCUGUGACUCGCCCAGUUCACCCAGCGGGCUCCAUGGCCGAACGGGGACUCGAGCCCGGGUCGCCCGAGUCCCAGUUCCAGGCUCUUCACCACCACACCGCCCUGGCUCUGUCGCACAGUGGCGCCCAUCACUCCCAGCGCGAUGGCCAGUGAGUCAUCGGCGGGGGGCGCUGUAGUCCAAGACAGCAGCCCUGCAUCACCCCGAGGCUGCACUUGCGUUUUGCCCCCGAGGAAACCGUAUCUUCUUUCAAAAUACAGCUGUGGUUUGUUUCGCUGUUUUGUUUUGUUUUUUAAGGGGAGAGACGACAACACGCAGCAAUGCAGCAAAUGCAUCCAGUGCAUGGAUCUGUUAAAUAAAGCGGGGCACAGGAACAAGAAGAGGACGAGCAGGCAGCCCCAGGUGGAAAAAAGGGGGCCGUACAUAAUGAGCAGAGCUCCUUCUCUGCAAGACAAAUUGCAGAAACAUCGCGAGAUGGCGAAGGCGAUGCUGAGGAAGAAGGGAGUGCUCUCGGGAGCCGUCCAGCACCAGCCCAGGCCGGCAACCAAAAGGUCAGUGAAGUUCAACAAGGGCUAUGCUGCUCUCAGCCAGACCUCUGACGAAACCUUGGUGUCCCUGGAUUCUGACAGUGACGGCGAGUUGGAAUCUAGAUGCUCCUCUGGUUACUCUUCUGCAGAGGUCAACCAGGAUCUCAGCCGCCAGCUGCUGCAGGACGGGUAUCACCUGGACGAAAUCCCGGACGACGAGGACCUCGACCUCAUCCCCCCCAAGCCCGUGUCGUCCUCGCCUUGCGCCUGCUGCUUCGGGGAGUCUCCCUCGUGCUGCGUCCAGUAAGGGCGGGGCGGCACAGGUCAAGCAAGCGGCACUUUGGUCUUUCCCUUGGACGCGCGGCGGAGCGGCCACGUCCAGCGCCGGACCGUGGGUCGGACGAGUGGGGCGGGGGGGAGGAGGGGUGCUCCGGCACCUGGGCGGGUGGAUGGGCGCGUCCUUGCACUGUCGGCACUUGCUUGGGGUGCCAAGCGUCUUCUCAGAGUGGCUUUCUGUGGUGCACUAUAGAACGACAUUACGGGCAAAUACUCAGGAGGCCGCGGGUGGGUGGGCGGGCGGGCGAGGCCGGCCUUGUCCUGAGGUCGCUGCACAGUGGAGGGGAGAAGUGGCCAGGCGGAGCGUUGGCACCCCUGCACGCACUCAUGCUGGAAGUGAACGAAGGCAGCAGAGAUUCUAGUUUACCAAAAAAGCAAACAAACACGUAAGGUCAGGAGAAGGGGACUCUCUUGGUCUGUUGGGUGUAGGAGCCUGGAGCACCUCAGCUUAGGAGGGUGUGGAGACUGUGCAGAUGGGACACGGUGGCGCCCCCUUCCUAGGAGGGAGAGGAUGGAUCCGGCGGGCUCGGCUGUCCUUUGGACCCCACGUCGCUCCCUGAUGGCCGUUCUGCCCCCGCCAGCCCCACUCCUUGGAGGAAUCUUUCUAUCAUCCAUCUCCAGUUGGUCCCGGGCCGUUGGGUCCCAGACUUGUGAAAGACGCCUCCUGAAGCAGGGGAAGAUCGGUGCAUUUUCCCGCAAAAGGCCGAGAUGCCGUUCGGUCCUCCCUCCUGCCCUGGAGGCUGGCGCUCCUUGUCAGGGGGGCACGGUGGUGAAAUUUGCGUUUCUUUAGGAGGUGGCUGGCACUGCCACGGAGGAAGAUGGCGGUUGCUGACAGUCAAUUCCGGGUCAUUUGCUGCCGCGGUUGUCUUGGUUGGAAGUUAGUGGCGAUUCAGCCAGGCUGGCGUCUUUCUGCCUUUCCCACUCUCCAGAGCCGGAGAAAGACGAGGGCAAGGUAAGCUUUGGGCAUCCGGUUUUGCGUUGCGUGCGUCAAGGCGAUCAGGGUUCUGGCUCAGUGGCACUUCUCGGCACAGCCUCCUCCGCUCGGGGCCUCCGGGUUCCACGUGGGCAGCGACUUCCACCGCGCUUGCUGGGCACGAGGCUGAGAGAGGCGGUCGAAGGCUUUGCCACUGACCGUAAGCCCCAUCUAACCCAACUUGUAAUGACCUGCUUCACAUGGGGGAAGGGGUGGUCCAUUCCCCGCUGCAUGGUCUCCCCCCGCCCCCAUGAACUUCAGAGAGGCGGCAUUCCGGUCGUUUUUCCACCCGUACUGAGCGGCGGUGGGCAGCGAGAGCCAAGAGUCAGGCCCCUCUCUGGCGAUGCCUCUCCUACACUACAAGCACCGGCGUUGCUGCUUUCAUGUCACUGUCACAGAGAACGGGGAGGACGUGAAGAAGCCAGGGCCGCUCGGCAUCGUCAGUCCCGCUGACCCGGGCUGGGCAGUGGGUGGCCUCCUGGCUCUUCUGCCCUACCGGUCUUGUGAUCUUCUGACUUGGGCAGUGUCUGCCGGGGCUCAUCCGAACCUCUGGAGUGGCACAGGUGUCCCUCUUCCAAUGGGGAAACCGUUUUGGGGGCAGACUAGCCCUGCGUGCUGGUAGCUUCGGGCUGGGGGAACCGGCCACUGAUGCACCACGUGUGAUGCUCCAGGCAGUCUUGGCAAGCCCGUGCUAUGGGGUGCAGCAGGAAUGUGCACCGGACGUCGGGGACCGCCGCUGGCCGCGAACGUCUGUGCUCUAAAUGAGCCGCGGCCCGGACGCUUCCGGCGGCACUUGUGGGCGUGAUGCCCCACACUCCUGCCCUGUUGGCUGCCGGCGGCGGCCGUUGCUGCUUCAAGGACCCCAGGAAUUGGUAGACACGACCCGCCUGGAGCCGCGCGUUGCCCUGGCUGGCUUGCCCCGCGGAGGCUCGCUCCUAAAUCGAAGUGUGUGUGAACACACGGAGACCUCAUCAGCCGCCUCUUGGACGAGCGCUUGGGAAUCUGAAGGUUUCCCAGCACGAUGUUUCUGCUUUGCUUGCUCUCUCAAAAAAAAGUGGGGAGUGGGAGACAGAAGAGUUGCUCUUGGCAGGAGAGAAGAGUGCAGGCUUCCCCAGCCUAAUGGCCUUCAGCAGCAUUUGGACCACAACUCCCAGGAUUCCCCUCCCGCAGAGCCAUUGACUGGGAAUUCUGGUGUUGCAGUCCAAACGUGUCUGGAAGGCACGAGGUUGGGGAAGAGGCUGCGUUAGGGCAACCCAGCAUUUCCCUGCUGUUCCGCUGGGAAAUGCCUCCGGAAAGUGGAGUUGACCGGAGCUGCACUCCUGCAGCUCUUCAGUUAAAAGGGUAAAUGCUGGCAUAAGUGCUCGGCUAAAGCCGGCUGCUGAUAGAACUGCUGUGUGUCCGUCGACUGUCGUGCUCUUCUCUGUACUGGGGAGCUGGAUGGCGUGUCCUUUGCCAGCAGAACCCUCCAGAGGUGGCUUCCCUGCCGCCGAAGGUAGAGACGCGUGGCUAAGUUUGAACUCUUCAUUCCAAAAAUAUUCUUUGCAACAAGCUUUAACGGUGUGCUCUUUGGAGGCGUGGAGCGUACACCGAAACACCAGCAGGCUAAGGAGAGAGAGACAACUACCAGUUCACCACCGACAGGCACGUCUCAGGUGGAGGGGAGAUCCGAGGCUGCCUGGUAGCGGGUGAACAGCCCUGCCUUAACAUAUUAAAACGUUCUUUGACAUAAUAGAGCUGACAUGCACAAAGGACAAUCUUACUCAAUAUUUAAUAUGAUUGUAUUUACGGAGAACUGUCUGUUACGCCGUUUUGUACAUCCUGAGUAAGGGAAGCGUGUACCAAUAAAUUCUCGUACUGCACGGUC